AUGUCAAAUGAAUGUGCUCCAUCCGCAAUUUGUCGACCAGGCGGACGGGGUAUUUUAACCAAUAAUCAGCGACCGUCAUGCAUUUGUCCAGCAAAUACAUUUGGUGGAUCAUGCCAUAUAAUAGUGAAUUCCUGUGCUCCUAAUCCAUGUUUGAAUUCAGGAGUUUGCUACACUUCUUACGAACAUAAUAGUAUUGAAGAUUAUAUUUGCAUUUGCAAAAAUCAUUUUUCUGGUAAUCAAUGUCAAAAAAUGAGAACACCGAUUAGCGUACAAUUGAAUAAUGAACUCGUUGACACGGGUGCUGUUGCAUCAACAAUUCAGUUUUAUGACUACGAUCUAUUCAAGUUAAAUGUAAUUCUAAUUCAUCAAUAUGUAUAUUCAAGUACACCUCAGCAUCUUAUACUAUAUCAUGACCUUCCACGAGCACCGUUUCUAUGUAUUAUGAAAACAUAUGGCAAAGAUGCUCAGUUAGAUAUACCUCAUUACUUUGUUCUUUACAUUCAACAUAAUAUGACAGAUAUCAAUAUCACAAGUGGUUUAAUGGAAGAAAAUUCGUGUCCAGAUGUUCGUCAAUUGUGGCAUUUGAUUGAAUCAAGUAUGUUGAGUCAAUAUUCAGAUGAGUUAUCAACUCUAACAGUCUAUAAUACCUAA